AAUUGAUUCUUCUAUUUUAUUUGGUAUAAGUUAGUAAAAGAGACAAGAAACGCCCCCUCUUGAUUCAUUCUCAUUGGAUAGUUUUCUUUGUAUGACUCGAAUAUGGGAAGGGGAGAAUGAACUGGACGUUUAUGAAGCAGCACAAGCUUUACAAAGUGGUAAACUCGUUGCAUUUCCUACAGAAACAGUAUAUGGUCUUGGAGCCAAUGCUUUAGACCAACAAGCAGUUCUUCGAGUGUUUAAAGCAAAAGGGCGACCACAGGACAACCCGUUGAUCGUUCACAUCGCAGCUUACAAGGAUUUGGAUGACUUGGUGGAACAACCUUUACCUUCCUUUGUACAACUAUUGAUAGAAAAGUUUUGGCCCGGACCCUUAUCACUCGUUCUGAAGUUAAAAGAGGAUAGUCCAAUAGCUCCAGCAGUCACAGGAGGACAAAACACAGUUGCCAUUCGUAUGCCAAGUCACCCUAUUGCGCUUGCUUUACUUGCAGCUGCCAAAGUUCCAGUGGCAGCGCCUUCAGCCAAUACCUCUGGAAAGCCAAGCCCUACCAGUUGCCUUCACGUCUUGAGUGAUCUACAAGGCAAAAUUGAUGGAGUAGUAGAUGGUGGCGAAACUUGUGGGAUAGGUUUGGAGUCUAGUGUUUUAGAUUGCUCUGGUGAACGAUUGUCUAUGUUAAGACCUGGUGCAAUUACUGCAGAACAAGUGGAAGCAGUUACAAAAUUGCCUGUAGUUAUAUUCAAAUGGGAAGGAAAUAAUCAAAAGGAGGAUAUGAAUACUCCUCGAGCACCUGGAAUGAAGUAUCGACAUUAUGCUCCCAAAGCACCCAUUGACUUGGUUAACGGCGGUUUAGAACAGCUUAAGCUAAGAGUAAUGGAAUGGAAACGACAAGGAAAAGUUGUUGGUUUGUUAGCUUUCAAAGAGUUUGGCCAACACAUACAAGCUGACGUAUUUAUCUCUUGUGGUCAACAAAACUGUUUGGAAAGUUAUGCUCGACAGCUCUACAGAGCUUUGAGAGCAUUUGAUGAUAAUCCACUGACAGUUGAUGUUAUUGUCGUACAGGCCGUUGAGGAAACAGGAAUCGGUGUAGCAAUUAUGAAUAGACUUAGAAAAGCAGCAUCUACAGGAUUUUAUAUGGCUUCACCGAAUGAACGUCUUGUGAAUAACAAUUGACUAUGACGUUUCAAUUAAAACAACUUGACCAGUU